CCAAUGCUCAGAAUGGCAGCAAGGCUGCGAGGUCUAGCCAUGGCCGCCUCUAACAACUCAAUCUCUUCUAAUCCCAUGCAGCCAAGCAGCAACAUACAGAAGCUCAUCCAACAGCUCCGCCUUUACAGUGCCCCGCGCUUUGGCAGCAGCUUCGGCAAUGAAGAUGACGAGAUCGACGAGAGAGGAAAGGUCUUCUCCCAGAUGGGCCUCGCCGAAUCCUCCGUGCCUCCCCCUGUCACAUCACAGAACCAGCGAGCAGCUGUGCUUAUCUGCCUCUUUGAAGGCGAUCAUGGCGAUCUCCGCGUCAUCCUCACCAAGCGCUCCUCCAACCUCUCCUCCCACUCCGGGGAGGUGGCAUUACCGGGGGGCAAAGCGGACGAAUCCGAUCCUGACGACGUAGCAACGGCCAUGAGAGAAGCCAACGAGGAGAUCGGGCUAGAUCCAUCUCUAGUCAACGUCGUCACUGUCCUCGAGCCCUUCUUGUCCAAGAAUCUUCUCAGAGUAGUUCCUGUAAUUGGAAUACUCUCUGAUAGGCAAGCAUUCAAACCUGUCGCCAAUGUCUCGGAGGUGGAAGCAAUUUUCGAUGCGCCAUUGGAAAUGUUCUUGAAGGAUGAGAACAGGAGAGCAGAAGAGCGGGAGUUGAUGGGGGCCGACUAUCUCAUCCAUUUUUUUGAUUAUCAGACGGAUGACAAGAAGUUUUUGAUAUGGGGUUUGACUGCCAGCAUCUUAAUUCAUGCAGCAUCAAUAGUGUAUCAGCGACCACCAUCCUUUGCCGAGCAGUAUCGCAAAUUUCAUCACUGCUUAAAGAGGGAUUUUUCCAAGUGAAUAAGUAUGACAGUCAAAUUAUCUGGUGAACCAUAGUGAUGCUUUCCAACCAACACUUGGUACGCACCAAUCAUCUCAUCCAACUGUACUUCCUACCACGAGCUAUCUCGCCAGCCGCAUGAUUUAAUCAGCCAUAAAGUUCAGUUUGAUGCUAUAAAAGACCUUAAAUUGAAGCAAUUUAGAGAGAGUUCAAAGUUGAGAAAAGAGAUUGCUUUCAUUUGGGUGUGUGAUUCCCCUAAAGGUG